GGCGGCAGGGGUAGGUGCCGGGGCUGGCGCCCGCCCUGCCAUCAGCGGCAGCGCCGGGGUCGGGAGCGCAGUAUGCACCCGCCAGGCCCUGAGGGCGGCCGAGGUGCCGCCAGUGCCAUGGCCCCCGGGAAGAAGAUCACGGCCCGCAUCAAGAAGACGCUGCCGGUGCGGGGCCCGCAGGCGCCGACGGUGAGCGAGCUGAUGCGCUGGUACUGCCUGAACACCAACACGCACGGCUGCCGCCGCAUCGUCGUGUCCCGCGGCCGCCUGCGCCGCUUCAUCUGGAUCCUGCUGACGCUCAGCGCCGUGGGGCUCAUCCUAUGGCAGUGCGCCGAGCUGCUGCUCAACUACUACAGCGCUUCGGUCUCUGUCACUGUCCAGUUCCAGAAGCUGCCCUUCCCUGCCGUCACCAUCUGCAAUAUCAACCCCUACAAGUACAGUGCCAUGAAAGACUAUUUAUCUGAACUGGACAAAGAGACAAAAAAAGCUUUGGAGACUUUCUAUGGCUUCUCAGAGGGCAAGUCCAAGGUGCGGCGGUCAGUGGAUGAGUGGAACAGCACCGGGAGUGAUUUCUUCAAACAGAUCCCUCUGCUGAAGUUUGAGGACUUCUCCAAGACAGCAACUGACCUUCACAGUGGCCAGAAGAGGAAAAUAGAGGGCACUGUCUUCCACAAGGAUUCAUCCAUAGUGAACUCUGGGGAUUCAAAUGAUAUCAUUGGCUUUCAGCUGUGUGAUGCAAACAACAGCAGCGAUUGUGCACUUUACACGUUCAGCUCUGGCGUCAAUGCUAUCCAGGAGUGGUACAAGCUGCACUACAUGAACAUCAUGGCACAGAUUCCCCUGGAGACGAAAGAACAAGCCAGUUAUUCUGCUGAUGACCUUCUGCUGACAUGUUUCUUUGAUGGCCUCUCUUGUGACAAAAGGCACUUCACUCGCUUCCAUCACCCCCUGCACGGCAACUGCUACACCUUCAACAGCGGUGAGAACGGCACCGUCCUGAGCACCUCCACGGGUGGCAGCGAGUACGGAUUGCAGGUUGUUUUGUACAUAGACGAGGCGGACUACAACCCCUUCCUGGUGACAUCCACGGGGGCCAAGAUCAUCGUUCAUGACCAAGAUGAGUACCCCUUCAUUGAAGACAUCGGCACGGAAAUCGAGACAGCGGCAGCCACCUCCAUCGGGAUGCACUUUACUCGGUCUCGCAAGCUGAGCAAGCCCUACAGUGACUGCACAGAGACUGGAGCAGACAUACCAGUGGAAAAUCUCUAUAACAAGAGCUACUCACUGCAGAUCUGCCUGCACUCCUGCUUCCAGAAGGCCAUGGUGAAUUCGUGUGGCUGCGCCCAGUAUGCCCAGCCCUUGCCUCCUGGGGCAGAGUACUGCAACUACAAGAAAAACCCCAACUGGAUGUACUGCUACUACAGACUGCAUGAGAAGUUUGUGAAGGAGCAGCUUGGCUGCCAGCAAAUCUGUAAAGAUGCCUGCAGCUUCAAGGAGUGGGCACUCACUACCAGCAUCGCCCAGUGGCCAUCCAUUGUCUCAGAGGACUGGAUGCUUCGAGUUCUCUCUUGGGACAAAGGGCACUCAAAAAAACUCAACAAGAAGCUGAACAAGACAGACCUUGCAAACCUCAUGGUGUUCUACAAGGACCUGAAUGAGAGAUUCAUUUCAGAGAACCCAACCAACACACUCGUCAUUCUCCUUUCCAACUUCGGGGGCCAGCUGGGCCUCUGGAUGAGCUGCUCUGUGGUUUGUGUCAUCGAGAUCGUGGAGGUCUUCUUCAUCGACUCUCUCUCCAUCGUGCUGCGGCGCCAGUGGCAGAAGGCAAAGAAGUGGUGGAACGACCGCAAGAGACAGCGCUCGGGGAAGCCUCCGCAGGCUGCAGACCUGGAGAGGCAAGGCCACGACAACCCUGUCUGCCUCGACGAGGACCUGCCCACCUUCAACACCGCCCUGCGCCUGCCGCUGCCCCAGGGCAGCCCCCUGCCCAGGACUCCCCCUCCCAACUACAGCACUUUGCGGCUGGAGAGCACCUUCAGCGAGCAGCUGCCCGACACGCUGGAGCCAGGGCAGCACUGAUGCUUGCUUAGCCACCCACCCAGCUGCCAAACGAGAGGUGGGUGCUGGACCCACGCGCCCAGGGGUGAAGGGCACGCAUCCAAACAAGCACUGAAGGGCUGUCGGUUCAGCUCUUACCCAGAGACUGAACUUGCAGCCAAAGCUUCUCUGAGCAAAGCUCAGACACAAAGCCAAGGGCUCAGAAACACGAGGAACCUCUCAUUGCAUCUCAAGCUGAUCGUGGCAGGGACAGCUGCAGCAGCAUGUGGUGCUGAGCUGAGGUGGCUCUCCGGGCAGAGGCACACGUAGCAUCCAGCUGCACACACCCACUGCACGUGGGCAGGAGUUGCAUCACAGCAGAAGCCUGGUUCCAAGUUGAGUAUUAAUGCUGGUGGCUCUCUGUGGCACAGCACAGUGCAGCUGGGGGCAAACCUGGGGGCUGUCAGGAGUGCAGUGUGACCUUGGAGGAAUGGGCAUGACAGAGGUUUGGGGAAGAGCACAGGCUGGGGAAAAGGGAAGCUCUGAAGCCGAAUUUUGAUUGGGAACUUCAUUCCUAAGACAGCCUGAGGAGCAAUUUAUUCUGAGAUGAGAAGUUAGGGUAUCCAUAGAUAUGCCUAUAGAGUGAGUUAUUACACAGCUGGAGCAGGAGAACCUCAGCCAUCCCCAAAGAGUCAUCUGCAAAGGGCAUGGAAUCCAGCUUGGAUGGCAGUAAGGAGCUGCCCACUCCAGGCUGGCUCCUUUUGCACCUCUCAAGCCAUCAUUCAACAUAACCUCAGAGGAGCUCGUUAUGCAAUCAUGGGGCCUUGGCCACAGGAGGCUUCCCAGAGCCCCAGAGACAGCUGCCUGCUCUUCUUCUGCCCAACCUCCUGCUCCCCUCCUGCAAUGUCUGCAGUGCCCAGGGAGGUGCCAGCAGCAGCUGGAGCUGCCGUGGGUUCCACAUAUGGCCUUGAACAGAGGUGGCUGAAGCCACACCUGCCUCACCAGUACAUCGCCCCCAUUGCUUACACCCCCUCCAUUGCAGGGUGCUCUGUCACACCCCCACUUUGCCUCCUCUGUUCCACACUGUGCCCAUUCCAUUGCACUGCCAGAGCCUCCCAGCACUGUGGGCAGGCCAGGGGCUGCUCCCUGUGCCUAUGCCUGGGGACAGAUCCUCAGGCAUCCAGCUGAGGUGGCAGUGCCCAGCCCCAGGCUACCAGCCCUGCACCUGGCUUUUUCUUGCUGUAGCCGGUUCCUGUGUUUGCCUGCAGCACUCUGAGUAGCUGCUGAGGAUGGGCAGAGCCCACACCGGGAUAUCUGCCUGGGGGUCAGUGGAGCAAGAGUGGCUCAGAGCCUCUGUGUGUGUGUGUGUGUGUGUGUGUGUGUGAGGAGGCCUCUCUGUGCCUUGAGACAAGACAGCAAGGCUCCAGGCAGGUUCUGUAAUGUGCAAUAAAACAUUUUAACUGAAUUAUUUAAGUGCCUGAUAAACCUAAAAAAUAAAGAUAUAUUUUUGACUAA